AUGGCAGAGAAGAUUACCACCAUCUCGCCCACGACCAACAAGCCCGUUGUCGAACGCAAUGGCCCAACAGACGCUGAACUUGCGGAGAUCCCCAAGAUAGCGAAGAAGGCCUUCCUAAAGUACAUCAAAACGCCACUGGAGGAGCGCCAGAAGAUUGUCAAGAAAGCUCUUCAGAACAUCACCGACAGACAAGAUGAGCUGGCCAAGGAGAUCACUGAGCAGAUGGGACGACCCAUUGCCUUCACCGCCAAGGAAGUAACGACUGCAGUGGCGAGAGGCGAGUACUUGCUUAAGAUCAGCAACGAGGCUCUCGAUGAUACUCCUGGCGAGCCUCAAGACGGCUUCAAACGAUAUAUUCGCAAAUGCCCACUUGGACCGGUCCUCAUUCUGUUCCCAUGGAACUACCCAUACUUGACGCUUGUCAACUCCCUGGUACCUGCACUGCUUGCUGGCGACAGUGUCAUUUUGAAGCCAUCUCCUCAAACACCAACCAUUGCAGAGCAGGUGCAAAAGGCGUUCGUCGAGGCUGGCCUUGACAAGGACGUCAUCCAAUACUUCCACUGUGGUGACUUUGGCAAGAUCGAGAAACUGGUGCAGGCUCCUGAAAUUCAGCUGGUCUGCUUUACUGGCUCUGUUGCUGGAGGUCUUGCCGUACAGAAAGCAGCUGCUGGUAGGGUGGACUGCCGCGUUGGACUGGAACUGGGUGGCAAAGACCCAGCUUACGUUCGUGAAGACGUUGAUCUGGAUUGGGCAGCUGACGAGAUUGUGGACGGUGCCGUCUUCAACUCUGGUCAAUCAUGCUGCAGUCUGGAGCGAGUCUACGUGCAUGAGAAGGUGCACGAUGAUUUCGUCAAGGCAGUACAGAAGGUCCUCGCCAACUACAAACUUGGCGACCCUUCAGACAAGAACACUCACGUCGGUCCGGUCAUCAGCAAAGCAGCGGCCAAACGCAUCCAAGAACACGUGGACGAAGCUCUCAAACAAGGCGCAAAAGACUCAACGCCAGAAAACGCCACGUUCAAGAACCCACCAUCAGAUGGUAACUUUGUGGCGCCAAAGCUCCUCACCAACGUCAAGCAAGACAUGCAAGUGAUACAAGAUGAGACGUUCGGCCCAAUCAUUCCCGUUAUGAGUGUCAAAUCCGACGCACAAGCCAUCGAAUUCAUGAACGAUAACCAAUUCGGUCUCACGGCCUCCAUCUGGACCAAGGAUGUCGCGAAAGGCCACGAGCUCGCUGGUGAUGUCGAAGCAGGAACCGUCUUCGUCAACCGAGCCGACUUCCCUGCUCCAGAUCUCGCAUGGGUUGGCUGGAAAGACAGCGGCAAAGGCCAGACCCUCUCGCGGUUCGGUUUCGAUCAGUUCGUCAAGCUGAAGAGCUACCACCUCAAGGACUACCCCAAAUAA